CAGCGGCGGAGGAAUACACACAGCUAUAUAGCAGCAGACAGUAGUGGCCACACACACCUUUCAGCCCAUCAUAGUGUUCCUUGGGUGCGGGUCAAUCUCGUAGUCUAGCUUUAGAAAACCAAACUAUACAGCACCGACAGACAUGGCGGACCAGCUCACAGAAGAACAGAUCGCUGAGUUCAAGGAGGCGUUCUCCCUGUUCGACAAGGACGGAGACGGCACCAUCACCACCAAGGAGCUGGGCACAGUCAUGAGGUCACUGGGUCAGAACCCCACAGAGGCCGAGCUGCAGGAUAUGAUCAACGAGGUUGACGCUGACGGCAACGGGACCAUUGACUUCCCAGAGUUCCUGACGAUGAUGGCGAGGAAGAUGAAGGACACGGACAGUGAGGAGGAGAUCCGAGAGGCCUUCAGGGUAUUCGACAAGGACGGUAACGGCUACAUCAGCGCGGCCGAGCUGCGUCACGUGAUGACGAACCUGGGAGAGAAGCUCACAGACGAGGAAGUGGACGAGAUGAUCAGAGAAGCCGACAUCGACGGAGACGGACAGGUCAACUACGAAGAGUUUGUACAAAUGAUGACAGCCAAAUGAAUCCGCGCCCCCUUGAUCUCCUUAGAAGACAAAAAAGAAUCAGUCAAAUGUUUUACUUACCUCUUGCAAAAAUAUACAUUUAUUCAUACUGUUUCUGUAUAGAAAACAUAACUGAAUGUUGAAAAACAAUAAAUUCUGUCCACAUAAAGUUUAAAGAAAAAAAAAAGUUGAAAAAAAAGCAAAAACAAAAAUGAGUUGCAUGUACUGGUUAGUGGUCGUGUCCUAGCGCAGAGUUCAACACCAGUAAUACCUGAUCUAAUAGGCUACCUGUUAACCAACCAGCAGCUACGCACUGCUCCAGGAGGUCCACCUCCUGGUCAAAUGUGCUCGUGGUGAUGUUUGGGCUGGCCAAUCGUCUUCUUUUAUCUCCUGUUUCUGUUCUUCAUGCAUGCAGCUUGAGAGGCGGGGCCUCGGCGAGGCUUAAACGUCCCGCCCCCACGAUGCCCUGGGAUUGGUGGGCUUCUGGACAGUCUAUCUGGAAACAAGCUCUGAAGGGGGGGGAGGGGGGGGGGGGGAGAAUCGCAUAGAGGUUGUGUAAAUGGGACAUUUGCAGUUUGCUUAAUGAAUUACAAAAGAGAUAUUUUUAAGAAAAUGAUCAUUUAAAAAAAUAACUCAUUUUAGAUUAUAUGUUUGGCAUGUUGGGGUUAUUCAGUUGAUUUGUUGUGAGUGGAUCUUUGGGGGGGAGGGUGGGGGGAGUGAGGUAGGGGCAGUUAGGUUCGGGUGGGGGAGGUGGGGGCAGUUGACUCGUACUUCUGUUUUUUCUGUUAGAGACCCUGGCAGGGGUUAGGAGGAGGUCGGGGAGAAGGUCGGGGAGGUGUGAAACAGAAGGAGAGUGCAGCACCAGGGUCUUGUUCUGACUGUUCAUGUUGAGGUCAUUCCAAGUUGUACAUGCUAGUCUUUUAAUUUUUUUUUCCAAUAAAAGACCAUGAACUUAA